AUGGGUAAAAUAGUGCUAAAAAAGCUUGUUGAAACAGAAAUUAAGAAUGCUUUAUAUAAAGGCCAUGAAGGCUUUUCCAAGCUUCUCCCCAAGUUGACCAAGCAGGUGGAGCAGUAUAACAAAGAAGUAAAAGCGUCGAAUGACAGUAUAAAUAAGCCUAUUAAAGAUAUUUUAGAAGAAAUAAGUGACGAAAAUGCGUGGCGUCGAAAUGUCAAUGAAAUUAAAGUUGACAGUGUCACUGAGGAAGAAGUUAAGAAGGUUGAAACGUUGGUGAGCGAAUGUAAAAAAUUUUGCAAGACGUUCACUGACGCUUUUGAAUUCAAAGAUAACAAGGUUAAAAAGUCCGAAAUGAGAAACGUUAUUAGGCAUUUAAAUUCUGCGUUGCAGCCCAUAAUGAACAGCGCGUUGAAGGCGGUGAGCCAUGAGAUUGGGAGGCUGGAGAAGUUGUCGGACAACGAUAAGAAAAUGUUGGCUGCGAUGGAGAGUAAAAUUACUGAGACUUGUAAAACGCUUAAAGAUGAAAUUAAUAGAGGUAUUACCGCAGAAGUGGAGGACCUUGUUAAGGAGUUGAGGAGUAAGGUGCAGGAGAUCCUGAUGCUGCUUAAGGAGAUUAAUGAGAAGUUGAAAGGGUACGUGAAUCAGUUGGAUGAAUGGAUUAAAAAGGCGGACGCAUUGGCCAACGAGGCGUCGGAUGAGGCAAAUUUCAUAAGUGGGAAGAGGCCCGGAUUCGAUUACCAGAAUGGGAUCAAAAAGAUUGUGAGGGAGCUGGAUGAGAGGAGCCGUGUGCUGUGCAGUUACAUAGAUGAGGUGAAGAAGGAAUUAAAGAGUAAAGUUACGGCGGCGUUAAAGGGAGUAAUAGCAAUGAACGAGGCGGUUAGAACAGAUUUAAAUCAGGUGAAAGGACAGCUGCUGACCGGGCUUAAUAACUAUGUCAGCAAGUAUGUUGAAGAAGUGCAAAAGAAGGUUAAGGAGAUAAAGGGGGAGCCGGACGGAAAUAGUGGGCUGAGUCAGGUUGUUGCAAAAGUGAAGGAGUGGGCUGAGAAGUUCAGGGGGAAUUUUGCGGGUGCUGGCGGGUCUACAGGUACGGAUGGUACUAUACUGAGUAGGUGGGUGAAGGAGAUUAUAGAGAGUGGCGCAGUAAAGUUUUAUCUCGGUUGGGUUGGGCUGGACAGUCAUAAAGAUGAGGUGAAAAGGGCUAUGACAGAAGAGAUAAAGAAGAUUUUUAAUGAGGGAACAGAUACUGUCAAGACCCCCGCAGUCGACUCCAACAGCAUGAAGGAUUCUCUGACUAACGUCAAAAACUAUCUUAGUCAAGUCGCAUCAAAAGUUGGCGAGAAAGCUAGUACAGGGCAAGUUAGCCAAUUUGCAGGGGGGAUUGCGAAGCAUCAUAUGCUGUUAUCUCUCAGUAUUUCGCCGGAUAAAAAUCUCGAAUCCGCCGUCGAAAUUGUUCUGAAAUACGUAUCGGCUGCUGCAACAAAUCUUGCCAAUGAAAUCGAUAAAUUGGCCUUGCAGCCGGACGACGAUAAUAACCUCGGCAAGAACGUCGACAACGCGCUUCAAGUGGCUACCGAGCUGGACAGUGCUUUUGGCACGGCGGUUAAAAAAGGCGGCGAUAUCCCCAGUGACGCUGCACCCUUCAAAACCGGCGCUCCUGAUCUCAAAGCCAACAUCCAAAAGACGAUCAGCGAGGCACUUGAUAAAAAAAUUGGGGAAAGUGACAACCUGGACGGCGGUAAGGUAACCAUCACGCAGACCAACUUCGACACAUAUAACCGUUACAUUAACCAAGAAACACCCGUCACGUCAAAAACGGAAACCGAUCAGUUAAAGGGCCAACUCCCAGAAGCAAUCAAUGCUAUCGGAACCUAUGCUGAAUCAGGAUUCACCGUAAACCCGACCAAAGAGGAUCUCGAUAAAUGGUCGAAGGAUCUGAAAUCUAAUCUCGAGAGUCUCCUAUCGGCGUUUGCCACAAGCGGGACAUUUAUAAAGGAAAAGUUGACGACGCUCAGAACUCAGACUAUCGGAAAGGAGUUGAGGCAAAUUCACAGUGAGCUUAAGAGCCUGCAAAACGAGCUGGAGACUGGUCCCAUCCAAAAGGCCACAGAGUUUCUCGAUGAAGCGCAAAGGCUCCAGCAAAAAUGCAUCCAAUCCCUUCAUUACCACGUUGAGCAGAAAAUAAAGCAGGCAAACUCCGACGUAACUACCGAGGCCCGGAAACAAUACGUUUGCACUGUAAAAGCCCUGCUCACCGAAUUCUCCAAGAAAGUUCAGGGCGAGUUGGACAGGAUGCCCGACGCUAUUGACAUCGAUCUAAACAAGGGGUUAAAAGGGUUCAUGAAGAAGUUCGGGGAGCAUUUUGUUGUCAAGGUGAAGGAAUUAAAUGAUGUUGAUGCUAAGAAGUUUACUCCAAAAUCGCCACUCAGCCACGCAGUUUUCAUAUUAAACAAGGCUCUCGGCUCAUUCGUACACGAGGUCAAAACGCAGACUGAGUUCACGUCCGACAUUAAGAAGAUUCGGCCCGUGCAUGACGCUUUACUCAAUUUAUUCGAGGGCCUCAAAACGUCAGAGCAUUUCAACCACGAAUAUUCAAUAAAUCUUGAUGCACUGAAGAAGACUUUUCAAGGCUUCCAUCCUUCAAAAUUCGGUGAACCCACGACAGUCCUCACACAGACCCUCAAGGAGGGGAUUGGUGCUCUGGUCAAGGAGCUUGACAAGGCGUACGUAAAUAAGUACGAAGGAUCCAAGGCAAUUACAUGGGAGGGAACGUUUACCAGUGCACAAGUCCAAGAGAGCAAGAAUAUCGCCAAAGCUUUCCUUACCAGUAUCUACACGUUUCAUGAAACUCUGUACACAUUGAAUAAAGGGUGCAUGAAAGGUGGAGAAUGGAGAAGUAUGACAUGCUGUGAAACUGGAAAACGCGGAGAAAAUCCACUCGGUUCAUUCCUAAAGCGGUCGGGAUUCCAGAUUGCCAAAGAUGACACGUCGAAGGAAGGCGAGUUGAAAUUCCCUUCGACUGCUUUCACCGGUGAAACUAUCUACGGUAAACUUUUCGAGCAGGAAUUUGGCGAUGCCGAAAUAGUCGCACAUCUCAGAACGUGCGAAUCCAAUGUAAGCAAAAAGCCCAAACAGUUCGAUUUCUCCGAUCUCCUUGAAUGCCUUCUCUAUCACACAGAGAAGUACAACGAAGUCUGCCAUCUCUCAACAUUCUCCGCCAAGAAGCAGCCUUGUAGCGUUUCCGAUAUGCUUACAUGGCUCUCAGGUCUGACGUAUAAUCGUGUGUAUACGUCAUUGCGGUUUGAUGCAUUACCCCCGUUGCUUGAAUCAGACAAGCCAAAAUCAUAUAGCGCAGACAAUAUUGAAGUAUCUGUAGUUGACAACAAAUCCCUAUACCUAAACGCGUAUCCAAAUAAGAUUACAUAUGAUAAUUUUGUCACAGCGAUUGACCACAUUUGUGCAAUGUCCUACGAUGUUCUCAUUUGCAUAGCCGGUCAUGGCGAUGCUGAAACCGUUUAUGGCAGCGACCUCUGCAACAACUCCGUGCAACUACAUUAUCCUAAAACGGGCGAGGAAUGUCUGUCCACUCUUCUAGACAUUAUGCGUAGAUUGCUACCGCCGCUCAGAUUCUUAGUCACUCAAUGCGGUAUUUCGCCAUCCGAUAACGCAAACCAAAAGACCAACCAAAGUGUCAACCUACGUGCCAGGCAAACUGCCAACCAAACACCAAAGCAAACUGCCAACCAACGUCUCCAUUAA